AUGGGCCUAUUCGACUGGCUCCCAUGCUGCGGCCCCCGACCCUCCAAAUCCCCCUCUUCCCCAGCAGCUACAGGCGAGACCGCACCCCUCCUCGCACCCCCUCGCGACCCCUCGAUCCUGUCUGAGGGAUACGGCGCCGACCUCCCUUCUUCCGGAACGCAGGAGACACUUUCGCGGGAACAGCGGAAACGGAUAGAGACGAUCGGGCGGGAGGCGGGCUCGCAGAUGCUUUCGAUCCAUCGAGCGGGCGGGCGGUAUCCGUCCAAUACGUCCCGAGGAGGGGGUGCGAGCAAGACGGGCGGACCGGGGAUGCCAAAGACGGAUACCAUGCAGAGUGGGACGUCGACGAUGGAUCGGUCGAGACGGAGCUCGGCGACUAGUAGUCGGGCGAGUAGUCCUAGUCCGAUGCGGGGCGGAGUGAGGGAGAUGAGGCGGGAUGAGGGAGAGGGGGACGCGGAGGCGGAGGGGAGUGAGAGGAAAGAUCGGGAGGGCGAAGGGGAGGAGGGGGAAGGGGAAGACGGGGUGGUUACGAAGCAGGUGUUCAUGGGUGGCUUAGGAGGUGGAGGGACUGUGAGGGGAAGAGGAAGAGGGAGGGGACGGGGACGAGGAAGGGGACGCGGAAAGUGA